AUGUCUGGGGUCAGCGGCACAUAUCGAGGCACGCCCAACCGGCGUGGUCAACUCCCAUUUGCAGACUCUCCUUCCGCAAUCCCUCGUCCCAAGCUGGAGUCCGCCAGUAAUCCCACGCCCUCCGAGAUGUCGGGCACCUCUACCGUGUCUGCAAGUCGACAGAAGCAGAGUAAGAGAGACGAGGCAAUCCGACGCAAGAUGGAAGCAGACCUUAGCAAAAAGAAGCACGCCCCCGCCCGCGCGCGACAUACCCGCAAGGCACCCCCUGGGACCGUCCUGGCCCUCAAACCCAGUCAGGCUUUACAGAUCAAGCCUUCCACCACCGUGGCCGAGGCUGCGCAGCUGAUGGCUGCCAAGAGAGAAGACUGCGUCUUGGUCACAGAUGACGACGAUAGAAUCGCUGGGAUUUUCACAGCAAAGGAUCUGGCCUUCCGUGUCGUGGGAGCCGGCAUCAAGGCCAGCCAAGUCACCAUUGAACAGAUCAUGACCAAGAACCCGCUGUGUGCGAGAACCGACACGAGUGCCACCGAUGCCUUGGACCUGAUGGUCCGAAAAGGAUUCAGGCAUCUUCCUGUCAUGGACGAGAAUCAAGACAUCUCCGGUAUUCUCGAUAUCACAAAAUGCUUUUACGAGGCCAUGGAAAAGUUGGAACGUGCAUACAGUUCUUCGCGCAAGCUCUACGAUGCCCUCGAAGGUGUACAAUCUGAGCUUGGCUCCAGCCAGCCCCAACAGAUUAUCCAGUAUGUCGAGGCCUUGAGACAAAAGAUGUCGGGGCCUACAUUGGAGUCCGUGCUGAAUGGACUCCCUCCCACCACUGUCUCGGUCAGGACGUCGGUCAAAGAGGCGGCUCAGCUCAUGAAGGAAAAUCACACCACGGCUGUGCUGGUGCAAGACCAAGGAUCCAUCACUGGCAUUUUCACGAGCAAGGACGUCGUAUUACGUGUCAUCGCGCCUGGCCUUGAUCCGUCCAACUGCAGUGUGGUGAGGGUGAUGACCCCUCACCCGGAUUUUGCUCCGACAGAUAUGAGCAUUCAGGCUGCUCUGCGCAAGAUGCAUGACACAGAUGGACAUUAUCUCAAUCUCCCGGUCAUGAACGGCGAGGGUGAAAUAGUCGGCAUGGUCGAUGUCCUCAAAUUAACAUACGCUACCCUCGAACAGAUCAACACCAUGAAUGCCGGAGAAGGAGAAGGGCCAGCGUGGAAUAAGUUCUGGCUAUCAAUGGACAACGACACCGAAUCAAUCAUGUCCGGCGAAGGCAGUCAUCGCCCAACGACACCUGGCCAUCGGUCAAUGAUGGAGUCAGAGCCUGGACGUCCUGGUUUUGAGAGGGGAGACAGCGUUAUGCCGCACGACUCCGCCUCGCACCGAGGGGACGACGCCCACUCCGAAGUCCUCCCAUCUGUUGAAUCGCCCGAAGAGACACCUUUCCCAUUCAAGUUCAAAGCGCCCAGCGGACGAGUCCACAGGAUACAAGUCCUCCCGAGCAGCGGUCUACUCGAGCUGGUCAACCAAGUCACUGCCAAAUUAGGCGGUGAAGUGGAAUCAGUAGGCGGCGAAGCCACUGUCGAGGAAGGUAAAUUGGGCAAAGCAGGUUACGCGUUGAGUUAUAUGGACAAUGAGGGCGAUACCGUCUCUAUCACGACGGAUCAAGAUCUCCUCGACGCCAUACUACUAGCGAGGCAAGGGAAAAGGGACAAAGUCGACUUAUUCGUACAUGACCCUGCUCAACCCCCAAUUUCCACGACUAUCGACCCAAGACCUCAGCUUUCAAAACCGCCAACUCCUCCAGAGUCCACACUCAAGGAGGUUGCGCUAGACGCCGCGGAGGAGGGCGACGAAGAAGAGGAAGAAGAAGAAGAGGCUGUCCCCAUAGCAAAGACGAUACGGUCGAAACGAGCGCCGCCUGCGAUGCAACAGCGGAAGGAAGAACAGCCUCAGAUUAUCGCAGGCGUACCGAAUGACCUGCUUCUUCCCGGCGCCAUUGUCACCCUUGCGGUUGUUAUUGUUGGCGUUUUUGCUAUUAGUCGCGCGACGGCGAAGUAA